GAACAACCCUUUGAGGGAACAGCCUGCUCGGCGAGUCAGUCACAUUCCUGGCCGGGAUUCAAUGACUGAACCAGACACAAACAAACAGCGAGAGAGAGAGAGAGAGAGAGAGAGAGUACAGCUAACUCACUUCACACAUUCGCUUAGAGCUAGAGAGCGAGAGCGCCAGACUGCGCAGACUGGGCAUAUUUGAGGAUCACAUCGUGCGGACUAGACUGCAGUGGAGAAGAGAAAAUGUGUUUCCUUUUUAGGCUCUUUUUGUGAGUGGUCCGAAGGAUUUCCCUUACGUAUCUGUAAACUGGAAAAUUUGUUUCAGGGUAUUAGAACUCAAUAGUGUCUUAUCCUCCUUUUUAAAUGGAUACCGCCCGGUGGUAACCUUCUCUAGUGACAUGGAAAUGCGCCGCGGUGGAUUUACUGAGUCCUUAGCUGGAUUUUGAAGACAACUGAUUACAAUAGAUCGCCUACAUUUGAACUCACUUCUCUAUAUAGUGUUGAAAACAUGGAGGCCCCGUCAAGCUUUCAGCCCCAUCCCGGACUUCAGCAAACUCUGAAGCAGUUUCAUUUGAGUUCUAUGAGCUCUCUUGGUGGACCGGCGGCGUUCUCCGCUCGGUGGCACCAGGAAAUUCUGUUCAACAAAGAUGGAAAAACAGCUGAACUGAUGCUGGCCAUGCCUGUCCAGACACCACCGGUUAUGUCGGGGCCGUUAUUCAUUCCAUCCGACCACACCACCGAAAGGUCCGAAACUGUCCUGGAGCGUGAGCCAAUUUCGUGUUUCGUGGUAGGCGGCGAAAAACGUCUGUGUCUGCCGCAGAUUCUCAACAGUGUCCUGCGGGAUUUCUCGCUUCAGCAGAUCAACUCCGUGUGCGACGACCUGCACAUCUACUGCUCCCGGUGCACCGCGGACCAGCUGGAGAUCCUCAAAGUAGUGGGUAUCCUACCCUUCUCUGCCCCAUCAUGCGGACUGAUCACCCAGACGGAUGCUGAGCGCCUCUGCAAUGCCCUCGUUUACAGUGGUUCCUACCUUCCUCACUGCAACAAGGAGCUGUCUGGCUCCAUGGAGUUGGAGAGGACGGAAAAAAGUUUCAAAAUAUACCACGAAUGUUUUGGUAGGUGUAAGGGGUUAUUUGUCCCAGAACUGUAUACCAGUCCCAAUGCCGCCUGUAUCCAAUGCAUGGACUGCAGACUCAUGUACCCCACUCACAAGUUUGUGGUCCAUAGUCACAAAAGACUAGAGAACCGGACAGUUCACUGGGGGUUCGACUCAGCUAACUGGCGGGCCUAUGUUCUCCUGGACCCGGACUAUACAGGGAAAGAAGAGAAGGCUCUCCUGGAGCAGCACCUCAAAGUAAUCAAAGGCAAAUUUGACUUCGUAAACAAGCUCUCAAACAAAUCAUGCAGGCCGUACAGCCCAGUUCCAGCCAAGAAGUUCAAACUGGAGAAAAUACACUCUCCAUCUGCUGACAAAGAGAAGCAACCCGAUUGGCUACAAUCUCUAUCAAAGUCAGGGAACAAGGAUCUGAAACCGGUCCAGCUGAAACAGAGGCCGUCAGCCUUCCGCCCCUGGUCCCCCAGAAGUACAUCUGCCGAGAGAUCAAACCACAAAAAUGUGGACACGUCUGUGGUGCCCAAUGUGGCCCCAGCUCCGUUGGCCAACCAGAGAGAGGAGCAGACCCCAGUGGGCCACAGCCAGGCUCCAGGCAGGGGAGACCAGCACAUCAGCUCUGGACCAGCAUCACAGUGUGGAGACUCACAGCCUGGGCCCAGACUUGUUCACAUCAACACAUACACAGGCAACGGCUUGGAGGAAAUGGAGACUGACGUGGAGAUUGAGGUGGAUGACUACCCACCAUCGGUCCCCUCCUUGGCAUCCCCCCCAUCUGCCUGCUCCAGUAUGUCCUGGACCCUGACCCCCCAGACCACAAUGAGGCCCCUGGAGGGCCCAGUCCGGCUGGUAUUACCAGGGGCACCUUCAUGCCCAGAGCUGGACACACUGAGACAGACCCUGUAUGGAGGUCUUGACUCCAAGGAGGCCAGGGAGAAGUUCCUGCAGGAGAUUGUUAAGAUGAGAGUGAAGCAGGAGGAGAAGCUGGGGGCAGCGCUGCAGGCCAAACGCAGCCUUCAGCAGGAGUUGGAUUUUGUGAGGGUGUCCAAGAAAGGGCGUCUUCGAGAGGCCAUCGAGGCCAAGCGCAACCUGAGGAAAGAGAUAGAACGCCUGAGCAUGGAGUGGGACAGGAAGAUGAGGGAGGCGGACGAGUCCCGUGGCCAUCUGAAAAGAGAGCUGGAGAGAGAGAGACAGACACGAGUCUGCGACAAAGGCUGUGAGGCUGAACGCCUGCGAGCCAAAUACUCCACACAGAUUGAGGAGCUGCAGGUUCAGCUGCAGCAGGCGGAGGCGGACCGAGAGCAGCUGAGAGAGGAGCUACAGCAGGAGAGGGAGGCGCGGCAGAGCCUGGAGAGGGUGGUCAAGGACCUGCAGGCUCAGCUGGGAGACCGACAGGACAACGCCAGGAAACCCCCAACACACUAACGCAGAGACACAGAGACAGACACAACAUCCCGCUGGAUCCUAAAGAUGCGCGCGCGAGACAGUGUGUGGCCGGAACUAGAGACCUAACGCAAGAGGGAGGAUACAGAAUGCACUGCGCCCUCUUGUUUAAGGAAACGAAAUUCACCAAAUUGAAAGAUGUUUGUGGGAGACAAAAGACGAGAGGUUUUCAUAGAAUGAAAAAAAUGCAUCUUCCGGUUACUGAUAUGAUAGAAAUGGACGUUAAUUGUAAUAAUAUAUGACCUUUAUAAAAUGGAACUGGACAGAAGCAUGAAUUCACAUUGUUGUACAGCCUACAGAAGAUAAGAAAGAAAGUCUAUGGAAGACACCUCACAAGUGACUUUAUAGAGCCCUCAGUCAGAUCCCUGAAGCUGUUCAAGGAUUUUAUUUUGGUAUAAGCUAUUUAAAAUGUACGAAUAUAGCUACAUAGCGUUACUUGAAUAUAUAGGGAAAAGAGAAGUGAUUGUUUUCAUGAAAUGACAGUAGCAGGUGUAACUCCUGCUAGUGCCACGGAAUGUCGGUACACUUUAAGGUAUUACAAAGCCACUGGAAACAACGGACACCAGUAUACCACUAUUGACUUUUUUUUUUUUUCUUCAAUCAGUCAGUUUGCUUAAUAAUUCAAAUGUUUUCUCUCUUCUUUUUUUUCCGAGGAUGUACAGGACAUGUUGCGUCAGCAGCACUGCUAUCCUUCAGGCAACGCUCACAUACGUACAUAUUUACACAUUCACGUACGAACGUAUACAUGUAUGCGCCAGCUCCUCUACCGUGUGUAUUUGUGUUCAUGUAUUUGAAGCCUGAAGUAUUUGGGGAUUGUGUGGCCUGGAAUCAGUUCCACGCACCUUUUGUUCUCAUCUUAAAUCUUUUAUGAAAGUGCUACUUUUGAACCAUUCUUAUUCCUUACACUUUAAUUAGUCUUUUUGAAAAUAGUUUUUUUGAGAUACAGUAUAUUGUGUAUGAAACCAAACUAUGUGACAAAUGUUUAAAUGUGCUUGCCCGUGCUAGAAUGGAGUUCUGCCCGGUAAAUCUAAUGUUACCCACAUAAAACACCUUUGAUAUAGCUUUCUCUUUGGUGAAUUGAGGUGUUUCUGAUUUUGUAUCGAGUACUGUAAAAUAAUUUGUAUUCCGAAAUCAUUUGCUGCUUGUCAACUAUAAGCAUACAUUUUUAGUCACUGGUUUUCGGGCUCUUUGAAAAAGCAACAUGCGCAGUUUCAAUGAACAACAUUUCUACAUAUAUAUACAAAAUAUGGAUAUAUAUUUUUGUACUUUACGAAAAGGAAUUGCACUUUUUAAAAAGAAGAUUUGCAUUGUGCAUUUAACUCCCUCACGUUUUUCAACUCCCAAAUGAACAUGAACAUAGAACACUUUCAUUCAACGAACUCUUAUGUAAAUACAACGUUCAAGGAUGAUAUUGCAAAUAAGAUAUUUGUCAAUAAGUUUGCUUGCUUCACACUUAAAUUGCAUACGAAUAUUAUUUUGGCUCUUACUUGAAACCAAUAGAAACUCUAUAUUUGAAAUGUUAUUAUUAUAGUUUCAUUAUUGUUUCCCUUCGAUAUCAUCUGAAAUCAAUGGGCAUUUAAUGGAAUGGAAUUAUGGUUAUCUUAUUUGAUGUAUUGUACGGUGUCUCCCAAAACCCAGACCAAAAUUUUUUACCUGAAGACGAUAUCUCACCAUCAACCGAUUUAUCCGACUUAUCAGACAAUGCUAAAGCUCCUAUUAGGAUAAAUAUGACCCCUUCUUUGGGUUUCAUUCCUAGGUGCCCUCUUAUGUCUUGUAGAAGACAAUACUUGUAUGUCUUAUGUGUCAGUUACUUUUAUUCUCUCCCACUGAAUACCUGUUGGGUACAAUGUACUAGCAAUAUACAUUGUGUUGAUGCUCUUUAUUGUAGUUUUGGUUUGGAAGUGGGGUUUGUUUUUGCCGCUUGUUUCAAUGUUUCUUUUUUCUUUGGAAAAACUGUAUAAUAGCCAUUAAAAUCAAAUCAACCAUA